AUGUCCGACUGGGUCGGUUGGUUAUUGAAGGCAGUCUACUAUUAUGGACACCUGAUCGGUCUUUUCAAUUUCGAGAUUGACUGGCACACAGGUCGUGUUUUUACGUCAGCAAGGAGCAGUCUUUAUGCCUUCACUGUAAACGUCGUGAUUUUUAUGGUUCUAUUUUUGCAAAUCUCUAAACAAACUAAGCCCAGUGUGUACAUUGGAAAGGCAAACAAAUUGCAUGUAAUUGUCAUCAACGUUAUGGUUGGACUAAGAAUAGCCUCAGGACUUUGCACUGUUAUUAAUAGAUGGCGCCAGCGGACCCAAUUUAUGCGCUUGGUCAGAAAAGUGCUCCGUUUGUUACUGCAAAAACCACAGGUGAAGAUAAUGUCCCGCUGGGGAAUCCUUAUCAAGGUCAUCAUUGCUGUCGUCACCGACCUCCUGCAAAUGGCAAUCACCUGGGAUUCAGUGGGUCGUGUGGACUCGAAUCAAUCUUUGGGAAUGACCUUGCAGUUUUGGAUGGCGGCCAUUAUAAAUUUGGCCAUAUCGCAACAUUAUCUGGUAACCCUUUUCGUUCGGGCCUUUUAUCAUCUGCUCAACACAGAGCUGCGAAAGGUGAUUAGCGAGUGCAGGAUGUUAAGUUACAUCACCGUGAGGAAAGGGGCUUUUAUGACCAGGUGUUGUUCCUUGGCGGAUCAGGUGGAUAAUAUAGCUAAGCUCCAAAGUCAACUGCAGUCCAUUGUGACUCAGUUGAAUGCUGUCGCCGGAGUCCAAGGCCUAAUGGUGUAUGGCGGAUACUACAUAUUCUCAAUAAGUACAACUUAUCUGACGUACAGUCUUUUUAAAAAUGGUAUUGAGAAUUUACAAUUGAGCCUAAGAGCUGUAAUAUUGUCCCUUAGCUGGUGCUUUUUCUACUAUCUUGAUGCUAUGAUCAAUCUCUUCGUUGCGCUAAAUCUCCAAGAUGAUCACAAGGAGAUGAUACGUCUACUUGAGGAGAGAACACUAUUUGCAUCUGGUUUGGAUGCUCGCUUGGAAGAAUCCUUUGAAAGCAUUCAGUUGCAGCUGAUACGAAACCCGUUUAAAAUUGAAGUAUUGGAAAAAUUCUCGAUCACUCGCAGUUCUACUUCGGCCAUGUUCGGGUCACUUAUAACGCAUACGAUAUUUCUUAUUCAAUAUGACAUGGAAUAUUUUUAA